GAGCAGAAACGUUCCCAGUCCAGGAGCAGAAACGUUCCCAGUCCAGGAGCAGAAACGUUCCCAGUCUCCCGCCCAGCAUGGACAACACCAAGGUCCAGUCGGAGGGCGGGCUGAACGUCACCCUGACCAUCCGCCUCCUCAUGCACGGAAAAGAAGUGGGGAGUAUAAUCGGCAAGAAAGGAGAAACUGUGAAGAAAAUGCGUGAAGAGAGCGGAGCAAGAAUCAACAUUUCAGAGGGAAACUGUCCAGAGAGGAUCGUCACCAUUACUGGACCUACAGACACCAUUUUCAAGGCUUUCGCCAUGAUUGCCUAUAAAUUUGAGGAGGACAUAAUCAAUUCGAUGAGUAACAGUCCAGCCACCAGCAAGCCGCCCGUCACCCUGAGGCUCGUGGUGCCGGCCAGUCAGUGCGGCUCGCUCAUCGGGAAGGGAGGCUCCAAAAUCAAAGAGAUGAGAGAGUCCACAGGGGCCCAGGUCCAGGUGGCGGGGGACAUGCUGCCCAACUCCACCGAACGCGCCGUGACAAUCUCUGGAACCCCAGAAGCCAUCAUCCAGUGUGUCAAGCAGAUCUGUGUGGUCAUGCUGGAGUCCCCACCAAAAGGUGCCACCAUCCCCUACCGCCCAAAGCCUGCCUCCACCCCCGUCAUCUUUUCAGGUGGCCAGGCCUACACAAUUCAGGGACAGUACGCCAUCCCACACCCAGACCAGUUGACCAAGCUCCACCAGUUGGCUAUGCAGCAAACCCCCUUUACCCCUCUCGGACAGACCACCCCUGCUUUCCCUGGUUUGGAUGCCAGCCCACCAGCCAGCACCCACGAACUCACCAUUCCCAAUGAUCUAAUAGGCUGCAUUAUUGGACGCCAGGGAACCAAAAUAAAUGAGAUUCGACAGAUGUCUGGGGCGCAGAUCAAAAUCGCCAACGCCAUGGAGGGCUCAUCAGAGCGGCAGAUAACCAUCACAGGGACCCCUGCUAACAUCAGCCUGGCUCAGUACCUCAUCAACGCCAGGUUCAGAGACGUGGCCGCCAUGUGGAACGACCCAUCGUCCAUGACUACAUCCUGAAGGCCGCCAAAUUCUGGCUAUAGCAUUAGCACCUUGAUUCUGCGUUCACUGUUAGCUUGGAGCCAAUAAGUUCUUUGUUAGAGCCUGUUUUCUGCGUAUUGGUGUAAAAAAUACUUUGACAUUUUGAAAAACAUGCUUAUCCUGCUGUUUAAUGUAGAUAAACAUACAAUUAGUCAUAUGUUAGCUUAGCCUCAGUUAGCAUUCCCAGUUAGCUUAGCAUCAUAAACAUCCUAACCAGAAACAUUUUGAAAUAAAUUGGUUGCAGUGACAACAAAACAUUUUUAAGUGCUGAAAUCUUGAAAUGUGAAGAUAAAUGUUAUUAAAAAUGUCAGUAACACUUUAUU